GUUGGGCACGAUCGAAGACGUGGUCCACUGUGUUUCGUUCGGGUUUAUACGGGUCAAAUACCGAAUUCUUCGUCAGUCUUCAAUGCAAAUCGUUCGAAUGUUGAGAAUCGCAUUAAUACAUUUGUACCACACAGCGAUAUCUUACAACCAGUUGAUGCUAUCAAGGCAGGAAAUAUUGGUGUUUUGAUGGGUCUUCAAUCAACGGUAACCGGCGAUACGUUAUUGACAAGUGAACAUUCGGCGAAAUUGGCCAUUGAAAGACGACAUAAAAUUGUUAAGGAGCAGAAAGACAAAAUUCAUGAUACACAUCAUUUCAGUGCGCACGAUCUUUUCAUACCUCAGGUAUUUUUUAUCGUUUGUUUCGAGAUUCGUUCUUUCUGA